GGCGUUUCCAGACGCUCCCUUCCCUUGUUUGCCCGCCGCUGGCGAGAGCCGCGUUCGACACGUGGGAAUCCCCGGCCGGCUGGUUCCGGGGCAAAGCCAAGCACGUGGGAACGGGGGCGUUUGGCACUUCCUUCUCUUGAUCUCAGGUAGAUCGGGGGUUCAGUGGAGUCCGAAGAGCAGCGACGGACCCAUGGCUUCCGCGCUGCCCCCCAAUUUCUCUUGGGUCGUCUCAGGCCUGUUGGCUGGCCUGGCCAUGCCCCGGCUCCCUGCUCACUACCAGUACAUGCAUGACCAUGGAAUCCGGCACCUGGUGUCGCUAACCGAGCGGAGCCCGCCUUAUCACGACACCUGCCCGGGCAUCCAAGUGCACCGUCUGCGCAUUGCCGACUUCUGCUCCCCUUCGACUGAACAGAUCCAGCGGUUUCUGCAGAUUGUGGAAGAUGCCAACACCAAGGGGGAGGCCGUGGCUGUUCACUGUUUGCUGGGCUUUGGACGGACGGGAACCAUGUUGGCGUGUUACCUUGCCAAGACCCACAAAAUCAGCGGGGUGGACGCCAUCCAAAAAAUCCGCCAGCUGCGUCCGGGCUCCAUUGAGACUCACGACCAGGAGAAGACCGUCGUCCAGUUCUACCAGCGUACAAAGUAGCGGCGGGAAAGGACGACAACUUGCCCGUGAGAAAGAGCACGACGAUUGUGUCUUUUUCGGCUCCUUUCUGGGGGAGGCGGUGGGAGGAGACACAAGCUGGCUUUAAAGAGUGGAUCCAGCAGGGAUCCAGUCCGAGUGGGAUCCCAGACACACACACACAAGUCAGUUUAUCAUAUCUGUUGGUACCCUCCGAGUUAGUUGAAGUUAACUUUCUCAAGAGCGAAGCGUUCACAUUUCCGUUGCCGUUUUUGUAAAUUACGAACUUCACCC